AUGGUCGCUGCCAAGACAGCUUGGAACAAGCUGAAAUCCGAGUCCCCUGAGCGACUCACGAGCCCUAUGAGGUGCGCUUUGUUUUCGUGCCUGAUUAAGGAGAUGUUGAGCCGCGUGGGAAGCUUGGAGCAGCAACCUACGCGGAAGCAGACGUUGCACAAGCUUGGCUGGAUGGAAGGAGACGAGUUCCUCUCCCUAAGGUGGGACACAAAGCUUAAGAAGCUGAUUGGGGAUCCCAGUGGGCCAAGGCUCACACAGGCCCGAACCCUGGAGAUCAUUGCCAAAAUCGGCGAAAAGAGCCAGUCCGGAAUGGCGCUGGUUCGCUUCCAUCCCACCCGGCCCAUUGGAGACAACAUGGCCGAGGGCACGGUCUGCUUCCUGUUGCAGUUUAACCUCAUGGAGACGGACGGUCGCUUUCUUUACGACUACAUCGCGGAGCUCUGCAGCACGGGGGCUACGCAGCUCAUGGGAUUGGAGAUCCGGAAGGAGCGCCUGGGGCGCAGCGCGUUAGCGCAGCAGCUGAGCAAUGCCUGA